UCCGGCUAUUAUUAGCUCAACAAUAUUCAUAAGAGAUUUCCCUCUUGUGUGAAUGUUUAGAUACAGAUACAGAUACAGAUAAUCUUUUCUUGGAAUGAAAGUUUACAAAAAUUAAACUGAAUAAAUACAAGGAAGUAUUAAUAAACUAUCACAACCAGCAGGGGACCUCUCAAAACAGCCCGGAGGCCAGUUAAAAAAGAUGCGAGUAGGACCCUGUGAAAUCUCUGAACUAGUUCUGGGUUGCAUGCAAAAAAAAAAAAAAAAAUUGUAUACAAACUUCAACACAGUCCUAAAAAAAAAGAAGAAGAAGAAGAGUGGGAAGAAGAAAAAGAAGGCAAAUAGCUGGAGUUGAUAUACCCAUACUAGUUUAAAUGUAUUGUUCAAGAAAAUAGUUCUUAAGAUUAAUUUUAAAUACAUUAAAAGAAUGCGAGUUUCGAAUUUGAACAGGAAGACUGUUCCAGAGAACUGGACCAGAAACCCUAAACAUAUUGCUACCAUAGUUUACAAGGUUAGACCCGUUAUGAUGAAGUGUAAGUAGGUCUGAAACAGUACCUAAAUCAAAAAUAUUUUUCCUAUUAAUCAAUCUAUCACUGCGACUGCGUGUGUUGUAGUUGUGAAUAAAAUGAGUUGGUGUAAACCAUUCUAGAAAAUUGAUAGGUGUUUCUUGUGAUAGAGUACAGUAGAUAAAAUUAACAAAAUGCAGUUUGAAUACAUCUUUAACUUUCAAAACGUGCAGUUUUUUAAAGAGCGGAUUAGUUGGAGGUAAUGGCCCAGGUGUGAUGGGAUAGUUGUCAUUAGAUGUUAACAUUCUUACUGCCUUUCUUUGUAGAGUAAGAAUCUAUCUAAGGACAGAAUCACAAGCUGACCCCCAGACUUGAAUGCCAUAAACAAUAUGAGAAUAAAUUAGACUAUUAUAAACAUUUUUAAGCACAUUUAUGUUCAUAAAUGGUCUUUAUACAUUAGACCUAUGCUUCGACUAAUUUUUUUAGACUGUACUGAGAUGUGUUGUUUCCAGUUUAAAUGUUGAUCAACAUAAACGCCAAGCAUCAGAAAAAUUUGGUAUAAAUUCCGAUUAUGCUACGAGAAAAUUCAACAAUCAACUACCCACUCCAGGAUGUAAAAUCUUACGAUCCCCUUUUCAAAGUGGAGUCUAGAUUACAUGAAGCUCAUUGGAAAAAUGUUUUUACUGAAGAUGAAAUAACUCUGGAAGUUCUCUCCAUCUGCUGUCAAUUAGAAUUUCUUUGCAAGAAAUGUUACACUAAAGGCAAAGGUGAUAUUCACGUUGAGCAUAAAAUGGAAUUUUUGAACAAAUUCAAACCCCACGCACGUGUAGAGUUUCAAAAAAUAAACGAACAGUUGAAACUAUUAUCAUACCCUCAACCUUCCAUUAACGAAUUUAUGAAGAAAAAAGGCUUAGAUUUGUUAUUUCCCAAGAUCUGGACAUACAUCCGAGAUCCUGAAAAACCAUACUUUCAUAACCAAAAAUCUUUUUUAUCAAACUAUUUCGAACGUCUUUCAGCCAUGAAUCAACUAAAAAUGAUGAGUCAGCAAAUCAACAUGGACUUGCAUAAUUUGGUUAAUCACAAAUAUAUGGCCCACCAGUCUGCUCUGUUAUAUCAUGCAAUUGCUGAAUUGGGUUCUCCUUUAAAAACUUAUAAAGAACAAGUUGAAGAGAUGUUUCCCGAUAUCAAAAAAGGAUUGAAAGUUGGACAGGGUCAGAUACCGCACUUGCCUAUGCAAGAAAAAGUCAAGAUGGACACAUUAACUACUGCCUUAACGGAUAUGGUCAGCAAUUUCCACGCAAAUGUGUCACAACCACUCACUCCGUUUAUUAAUUUUAUGCAAAAUCCGUUGUGAAAAACCUCGUUACAUGCAAAAUGUGAAACUAAAGUAAAGACAUUUCAUUAAAUAUUUGGAAAAAAUAUUCUGUACUUUUUGUUACCGGAUUUUUUAUACUUGUUAUUAUACUUUUGUUGUUUGGUUUACUUUAAUAUUUAUUUAUAUUUUACGGGUAAAUAUUGUAAAAAUAUGUGUGGAUAUUUAUUUGUAUAAUUUGUAUUUAUA